UCUAAACAUCUUGGGAUCUGGGAUCGUGACAAAGUUCUACCAGCAUGCCCUGGCUUUGGUGUUUGCCGUCAAUGAAAUAAAUGAGAACCCUGAGAUCUUGCCCAAUGUUACUCUUGGGUUCCACAUCUAUGAUAGUUACUACAAUGCAAUUAUGACUUACUAUACAACUCUGAGUCUGCUAUUCAAAUCAAAUCACUUUUUUCCUAACUACAAAUGUGGCAUUCAGAACAAUCUGAUGGGAGUCAUUGGUGGACUUAAUUCUGACACAUCUUCACGAAUGAUGGAGGUCUUAGGUCUUUACAAGAUUCCACAGUUGUCCUAUGGCUCGUUUGAAUCAGGAAAUCAUGGUAAAUCUGAUUUCCCUUCCUUUUACCGCAUGGUCCCCAAUGAAACCCACCAGUACCUGGGAAUUGUGAAGUUACUUCUCCAUUUCAGAUGGAAAUGGGUAGGACUCCUGACUAUGGAUGAUGAUGGUGGAGAACAUUUCUUGCAGGUUAUGGAACCCAUGCUUUCUGAGAAUGGAAUCUGCUCAGCCUUCACCCUAAGAGCUUCCAAAAGCAGAAAAUAUAGCAUAAAGGAAAUGUAUUAUGAUACUCAGAGUAUGAUGCCAGUUUUUAUGUCAAGCAAAGCAAAUAUAUUUGUAAUGUAUGGCGAAACUUCAUCAUUUAUGAGGUAUGCAACUCUUGUGUGGUGGAUAACAACAGAAAUUCCUAGAACAGAUCCUGAGUAUUGGGACAAGAUCUCUGCAGGAAAAGUGUGGAUUACAACAGCACAGAUAGAUUUUGCAUUCCAUGUCUUUCAAAAGUUUUUUGAUGUACAAAUGUUCCAUGGUGCUAUUUCCUUCAACAUUCACUCCAAGGAACUUUUAGGUUUCCGAAAAUUUCUUCAGAUUAUCAACCCUUCUAAGAUAAAAGGAGAUGGGUUCAUCAACUAUGUAUGGGAACAGGCAUUUGACUGUUCCAUUCCAAAUUCUAAUACACCAGCAAACAUCUAUGACACCUGUACUGGGGAGGAGAAGCUGGAGGAUCUUCCUGGGCCUUUUUUUGAAAUGAGGAUGACUGGUCACAGCUACAGUAUCUACAAUGCUGUCUAUGCUGUGGCACAUGCCUUGAAUACCAAGUACUCAUCUAGUUCCAACCACAGAGCAAUGGAUGGUGGCUGCAGACUUGUGCCUCAGAAGGUGGGACCCUGGCAGGUGCCUCCUCGAUCUCUUUGUAAUGACAACUGCCUUCCUGGUUCUAGCAAGAAAAAGAAGGAGGGAAAGAAAUUUUGCUGCUAUGAUUGUGCUCCAUGUCCAGAAGGGAUGAUCUCAAACCAGAAGGACAUGGAUUACUGUAUUCUUUGUCCAGAAGAUCAAUAUCCAGAUCAGGGCCAAGAUCGAUGCAUUCCCAAGAUGCCAUGUUUCCUCUCUUUUGAAGAACCUUUGGACAUUAUUUUAGCAUUCCUAGCUCUUUUCUUUUCUCUGGUCACAGCUCUGGUGCUUGGAAUAUUUAUAAAACACAGAGACACUCCUAUAGUGAAAGCCAACAACCGGAAUCUCACCUACUGUCUCCUUUUUUCCCUCUUCCUUUGCUUCCUCUGCUCCUUGCUUUUCAUUGGAGAGCCAAAAAACGGGACCUGCCUUCUCCGACAAACAGCUUUUGCCAUCAUCUUCUCCAUUUCUGUUUCUUCUGUUUUGGCCAAGACUAUUACAGUGGUUGUGGCUUUCAUGGCUUUCAAGCCAGGAAGUGUUUUAAGAAAAUGGGUUGGGAAGAAUUUGACACAUUCUGUUGUCUUUUCCUGCUCCCUUGUUCAGGUAGGCAUUUGUUCUGUCUGGCUGGGCACUUUCCCUUCAUAUCCAGAGUCUGACAUGCAUUCACUGUCCAGAGAAAUCAUUGUGGAAUGUAAUGAAGGUUCAGUCACUUUGUUAUACAGUGUCCUGGGCUACUUGGGCUUUCUGGCAAUUGUCAGCUUUGCUGUGGCCUUCAUAGCUAGGAAGUUACCAGACAGUUUUAAUGAAGCCAAGUUUAUCACGUUCAGCAUGGUGGUCUUCUUUAGUGUUUGGUUGUCCUUUAUUCCCAGCUACCUGAGUACCAAAGGAAAAUAUAUGGUGGCUGUCGAGAUCUUCUCCAUCUUGUCCUCCAGUGCUGGGCUACUAGGAUGCAUUUUUACCCCCAAAUUGUACAUUAUAGUAUUGAGACCUCAUUUGAACAAAAGGGACAUACUAAUAAGGAGAAACUAGUAAAAUAUCCAAUUCCUCUGAUAGGUCUGUUUCCUCUGAUGAGUCUAUCAAAUGUGUCUUUGGGUUUGUGGAAUGCCUCAUCUCUCUCCUUUCACAAUGUAGCAAUC